AUGAGCUUCUCGCUCACAUUCAUGGAGCUGGCCAACAUCGCCAUCCCGCAGUGCGGGGUGGUGAACUUCAAGGCCCUGCAUCUCGUGCUGCAGGGCAUCCUGGAGCACAUCCACUUGGCCGAGCUCUCGAAGGUCCUCUCGGGGGACGAGGACUUCCUCCAGACCUCACAGAUCAUGUUCAUGCCCAGGGAAGGAGACGCCCAGCCCAUCCUCAACCCCAUGAAGCGGCUCGGCAACAUCUUCGACCACGUGGUGGAUCGCAUCAACACGAUGGAGAACAAGCUGGCUGAGCUGCAGGACCAGCCCUCGACCGCCCAGCUGCUGGCGAGCAGCAAGGGGACCGGCCAGCCUGCCCAGAACCUGUGGCAGCUCAUCAGGCUCCGGAAGAAAGUGGAGGGCAAUGAGGAGGCCCUGACAAAGUCCAUAAAUACACUGCAGGACUUGCUCACUGGCCUUUGCGGGCUCAAGACCACCACGGAAACGCUCAGGAAAGACGUGGACAUGCUGAAGGACAUGUUUGAAAAGUUCCCCUUGGAAAGACUGGGUUUCUUGUUUGAAGACCUGAGCAUGCUGAACCGUAAGAUGAGCCAGCUGUGGCGGGAAGUGAAUACCAUCCAGCACAAGAUCAGCAGCAUCCCCAAACCUGAGGACAUGGUGCUGUGGACCAACCUCCAUGAGGCCAUGUUCCCCGCCGGAGCUGCCGCGUUCAACCUGGAGCUGUCCGACACGUGGGAGGUCCCGGAGCAGCUCCUGCCUGGCGGCCCUCAGCAGCCCGAGCACCUCCAAGCUGUUAGUUACCCUCGCAUCCCACAGCCCAGCAGAACCCCCAGGCUCCUACAGAGUGCCUGGCAGUAUGAGGCCCCGGAGCUCCUACCAGAGCACGAGUCUGGCUACCAAGUUCCACUCAGUAGCGACCCGGGGCCAGGCCAGCCUCAGAUGCCCAGGCCUGAGUCUGGGCCUGGACCUGCCCCAGGCACUGGGCCCCCACCAGCCAGAGAAUGGUCUUUGCCACCCAGAGGUGGGCCCCAAGCUGUGGUGGACUCGGGCUUUUUCCAUCCUGGCCCAAGCCUGUCAAGCUUCCUACAGCAACCUCCAUUCCCGUUUUCCAGGGCUCCACCCCCAGCCACAGAGUUGGGGUCUGCAUGGCCCCGUGCAGUGCAGCCCUACCACCCUAGCCAGCAGGAGGCCCACCAGCUCCCCACUAUCGAAGAAAAGGGAGACGAACAUUAUGCCCACUAUGCGACAGCCUCUCAGGGGGGGACUCCCAGGGAUGGGGCCCCCAAGAAAGUACACCCUAUCGUCCCCCCACCUCCCGCUCAUCCCAUGAGAACCACUGCUGCCAUUGCUGCUGCUGCGGCUGCAACCUAUGCGGCUGCCGCGGCCUCAGCAGCCAAAGCGGCCAAGGCUGCCGCCGCCAAGGAGGUCAAGGUUGCCCCCGCCACCAAGCUGGCGGCCGCAGCAGCCGAGGGAGCUGCCGCGGGGCCCCUCAGGGUGUAUGCAGAUGUCCUGGGCGCGGGGUCCUCCCGCGGGGCAACAGGAUCCCUGGCCUUCAGCGAGGACAGUGAGGAGCCGGAAGAUUCGGACACGGACUCUCCCCUGUAUCGUGCUGUCAGCCACGCUCCCGGAGUGACCCUGUCCCAGGCCACGCAGGCCGUGUCCCCUGACGACAAGAAGAGGGCUGUCAAGAAUUCCUUGGGCCACAUGGCCCAGAUUUCUGUCAGACACGACUCCCUGAAGGAAGAGUUCACGCGGCUAUCCAACAGCCUUCAGCAGCGCCUGCUGUAUCUAGCCAACAUGCACGACUCUUCCAAGCUCGGAUCAGCCAUGGACUUACUGCAGGAGAAGGUCAGCAGCCUUCAGAAGUCCAGGCUACAGGACAAGGAGCUGGAGCGAAUUUGGGGCCAUCAGAUAGAGGACAUGAAGAGUCACUACCUGGUGCUGAACAGGACCAUUGACAAGCUCCAGAUUCGCCUGGAUGACUUCAAGACUCUCCAGGCUCAAAUCAGAAUGCUGGACAAGAACAAGGUGAAUAAAAGCACCCUGGAGCAGGAGCUGAAGGAGAAAGCUGACAGGAGUGCCCUGGCUAGCAAGGCCAGCAGGCUUGACCUGGAGACGGUGGUGACGGAGCUGAACGAGGUGGUCCAGGGCAUACUUCUCAAGGCUGUGAGUCAGGAGGAAGACUGGAAGAAGUCUGUGGAGCAGCUCAGGAAGGACCUGGCCACCAAGCUCGUCCACAGUGACCUGGGCCCUCUGAAGAAAGAAAUGGAAGAGAUACGGACAGUCAUCGCAGAGCUGCUGACGGAGGGUCUCCGAUUUGACCCAGACAGCGCUGCCGGCUUCAGGAAGAAACUGUUUGAGCGGGUGAAAUGCAUUUCCUGCGACCGGCCUGUGGAGAUGAUGACCACUCCGCCUCUGAUCACACUCCGUAAGGCUCACCUGCUGGCGCGGCUCCGGCCGGCCAGUGCCAACAGCUACGAGUACCUGCAGCGGCAGCUGAUGAGGGAACAGCAGCAACUGCAGCUCCAGGAAGAGGGUCUGGACCCCCUGGGCUCCAAGCAGGACUGGGGCGACGGCCCCCAAAAUGAUACCACCAGCAGGCUCCAGUCAUGUGACCUAUCCACCGUCUACCCUUAUGGGGACCCCCAACUAGUGGACUAUGACUCUGCUGAGGUGGACAUCUUGGGAGUGGACGGGAUCCUCUACAGAGGCCGGAUGAGCAACCAGAGUGGGGCUCGGGCCACAGCCACCGUGGAGAAGGAGCUGACAGCCAUGAAAGUUCCGGGCCCCCCGCCUCGGAACCUGCAUGACCGAGUGCGCUCCAGUGCCCUAUUUGGUGCCGUCCACCCCUCCCCCGGCCCCCACCCCGGUGCCAGCUCAGCCACUUCAGGCUCUCGCCCAGUGAUGCCGGCCAGGCCACCAUCCCUGCCACCCCUGCUGCCGCUGACUUCAUCCACGCAGGACCCCCAGCAGGCGCCAGGACUCACCAGGAACUUGCGACCUCUGCAUGUCAAGUCCAGAGCCAGCACACAGCCUGCUGGGGAAGCUGCCCAUCCGUCUGUGUCCAAAUGAGGCCGGGCUCUCCCUGGCCCAGGUCACUUGCCUGUCCAGGCCGCUUUCAGGAGCACGGCUGGCAUAGGCCCAGCCCCCACCCCCAUCACAGAUGAGGUUUUUUGGCAACUUGUGCCCAGAAUAAAAUCUGUUUUUUCUAAUUGUGGGUGAGAAGACUGUUGU